AUGCGGUCUACUCUUCGACUGCUGGCCAAUGUCAAGCCCCGGUACCUGGAGCCCUUCGCUCCGACCGGAUUGACCGGCCUGGUCACCCACCCAAGCCCGCGCCCGACUCUGAUCUAUCUCUACACAAACACCCUGCAGAAGCUGAAGGAGUUCCCCGACAACUCCGCCUACCGCCAGUCGGUCGAGGCAUUGACCCGCCAUCGUUUACAGAUCGUGGAAUCUCAGAAGCCCCCGGGCUUUGAGGAGUGGCUGGCGCGUGUGAAGCAGACCGUGGGAGCCGAGCCCGAUCGAUUCGCUCAGCUCCAGCGCAAGGAUGGCACAUUCGCAUAUGCUGCCCGCCAGGAGAUGGAUGGCAGCGACAACCCUCGUGGCGAGGAGUGGGACGGAGAAGAGAUGACCCAGCCGAUCUCGCAUCCCUCUCUGACCCCGGAGGAAUCCGCUGAAUUAUUGAAGCGCGAGGAGUCGAACGCAAAGGAAGGGCAAGUAUGGUCCGCCAUGAAGUGGGAGAAUGAGCCAGCUCUCGAGGCCGAACAGAUCUCCCAGAUCGAACAGCAGAUUGGCGCUGGUCUCAUUGAGGAGGUCAUUCAAGUCGCCGAGGCUGAGAUGAAGCUGGUUGAUGAGCUGCACCAGUCAAAAGUGUGGGAGGAACUCGAGGAGAAGCCCCGUCCGGGCCAGUGGACUUACUUUGAGCGCAGUUGA